UCUUCUCAGAUGAGGUUGGUUGGUUACAAAAAUGGGAGCUAUAAUUUGGAGCAGAUCCUGGGGGUUCAGGCUCUGAGCAGAUCUGCUGCUGCUGCUGCCUGAACAGUGAUGGGACUGAUGAAUAGCGCACAUUGCCACCUAGUGGUGCUGAUGCGUUACUGUCAUUAUUGAACCGGGGACCUUAUAAUAGGGGCUUAUGCGCUCUAGUGUUGGCCAUUCCAGUUUUUGCCAGAGACGGUGAUGGAGCUUUCUAUUUCUUGCACCUUUUUCCUCUCACUUUUCUCACAUAUUUUGAUUUCCAGGGUUUAAUUUCGAAAACAUUUUUUUUCCAGAUCACAGCUUCUCAAUUCUUUGAGAUAUUAUGAUUUUGGAGAAUUACCAGUGAGGUGACAGAUUCAUGUUUUCUUUUUACACUCUUGUAGUUGUUUUGCAGGUCCAUACUGUAUAUCAUUUCUUUAACAUCUUAUCAGACGUUUCAGAAUAUUUAGACAGCAGGUGCUCCUUUCUCACGCCCCCUCUGUUUUUGGGAAGCAUGGGAGACUGAGGUUCAAGAGGAACAAGUGACUCUUCUCUCAGUUCACAACGAUAUCCUGAGCCUGCUCGUUUCUCAUUCUUCGUCUUGUCACCUGCGAGGACGCCUGUGAGAAAGACUUUGGUACUUAAGAUCCUCCAGGUGACUGUUUCAAUCAUCGCAUGAGUGCACAACCCUGACGCAUCUGCAGAGGAUCAGACUGCGACGAUGGAAAGUACCUCAAGUCUCAUCAACGGCACCGGCGGUUUGAACCAGACCAACCCUCUGAAGCGGAAUGAAGAGGUGGCGAAGGUGGAGGUGACUGUGCUCGCCCUGGUGCUGUUUCUGGCGCUGGCGGGGAACCUGUGCGUCCUGCUGGCCAUCCACACCACCAAACACAGUCAGUCCCGCAUGUAUUACUUCAUGAAGCACCUGAGCAUCGCAGAUCUAGUUGUGGCUAUAUUCCAAGUUCUCCCUCAACUUAUCUGGGACAUCACAUUUCGGUUCUACGGACCGGACAUUUUGUGCAGGUUGGUAAAAUACCUGCAGGUCGUUGGGAUGUUCGCCUCCACUUACAUGUUAGUUCUGAUGUCCGUAGACAGGUGUUUGGCGAUUUGUCAGCCUCUCCGCUCUUUGCACAGGAGAAAAGACCGUUUCUAUGUGCUCAUUUCUUGGAUCCUCAGUCUUCUCUUCAGCAUCCCCCAGAUGUUCAUCUUCUCCCUGAGAGAGGUCGGCUUGGCCGGAUCAGGAGUGUACGACUGCUGGGGCGACUUUGUGAAACCUUGGGGAGCCAAAGCUUAUAUCACAUGGAUCAGUCUCACCAUAUACAUCAUUCCAGUGGCCAUACUGAGCAUUUGCUACGGACUGAUAAGCUUCAAAAUAUGGCAAAACUUUAAAAUGAAAACCAGACGGGAGCGGUGUAUCAGCCUGACACCCAAAACCUCCAAAGGCAACACGCUGGCCCGAGUGAGCAGCGUGAAGCUCAUCUCCAAGGCGAAGAUAACCACUGUGAAAAUGACUUUUGUCAUCGUCGUGGCUUAUAUCGUCUGUUGGACCCCCUUUUUCUCCGUUCAGAUGUGGUCUGCGUGGGAUCCAGCAGCACCCCGGGAGGCCAUGCCCUUCAUUAUCUCCAUGCUGCUGGCCAGCCUCAACAGCUGCUGUAACCCCUGGAUCUACAUGUGCUUCGCCGGGCAUCUGUUCCAGGAUCUCAGGCAGAACUUUCUGUGCUGUUCCGCUCACUACCUCAAGUCAUCCCAGUGCCGCUGUGAGCGUGACUUUGACUCCAGCCACAAGAGCAACUCCUCAACCUUUGCCAUCAAGAGCACCAACAGUCAGAGGAGCAUCACACAGACUUCCACCACGUAAGCACCGGCCCUCCCUUCGCUUUCCCAAGCUGCUCAGUCAGCCUUCACUACAUGCUGUCGCCCAUAAAACAUCCAGCAUUUCGACUCCUUCAGAUACAUACAUCUGGCCCCAAGGCUUGAUGUUCAAGCGGGGGGGGAUCAAACGUCUUAAUGCUUUUCUUUCAGUGUAAAUGGAAUUGUUAAUAGAAAAAUAUUCUACAGAGUAUUAUUAAGGGGUGAUAUGUUCCUAAAUAAAACUUACAAAUAAUCAUGAACCAAGCUGAGUAAUCAACUGAAUCUUUUUUGUAUGUUUAUUUUUACACGUUUGUUGUUUUGGAUGUACAGUAUGUGUUUCCGUGUUCGCAGUGCAGAAAAUGUAAAUGACAGUAAAUGUAAAGAGAGUAUUUGAAGAAUUUUUCGGCGCUGUCAGCCUUGGCCAACCACACUAUUGAUUCAGUUAUUUUCACCAGCAAAGCUUAAUUGUCUGUAUUAUGGUGAGGUUGUUCCUCUGUUAUAUAUAUAUGUACAUAUAUAUAUAUAUAU